CAAUGAUGUUCCGAAACGCGGCUACCCCGCUUUUCUCUCUAUGUACGGUCGAAACCUCUCUUCUAAGCUUCUUGAAUAAGCUUUCCCUUUCUUCUCUCUCUCUCUCACUCUGAGCUCGAAACCCUAGGCCGGGAGAGAUAAAAGCCCCAAUUUUUCUCGCGUUUUUCGAGUUCCAGCAAUCAAUCCUCUCAAAUCCUAGGAUUUGAACCAAAGAUUUCGUGUUCUCAACCGUUCUCGGUGUUCGAUUUCGAACGGGGCGUUGGUUUUUCGGAGCAUCGUGGAGGAGCAGGAAGGAAGGGAGGAGCGAUGACGGCGAUCGCCCUGGAGUUGCUUCCAUUAGGGUUUCGGUUCCACCCGACCGACGAGGAGCUGGUCAAUCACUACCUCAAGCGGAAGAUCACCGGCCGGAUCAAGUCCGACGUGGAAGUCAUCCCCGAGGUCGAUGUCUGCAAAUGCGAACCCUGGGAUCUUCCUGAUAAAUCUAUUAUUAGAUCGGACGAUCUGGAGUGGUUUUUCUUCGCGCCGAAGGAUCGGAAGUACGCCAAUGGACACAGGUCCAACCGCGCGACCGAGGCCGGGUACUGGAAGGCCACGGGGAAGGACCGGGUCAUCCGGUCAAAGGCCGCGGCGGCGGGCCACAACGUCAUCGGCAUGAAGAAGACCCUCGUAUUCCACAGAGGAAGAGCGCCAAAGGGCAUCCGCACCCACUGGAUCAUGCACGAGUACCGCACAACCGAGCCGGAGUUCGAGUCAGGUGUUCAGGGUGGUUAUGUCCUUUAUCGGUUAUUUAAAAAGUCGGAAGAAAAGAGUUCAAAUGCCAAAGCUGAUGAAAUGGAUAGAAGUUGCUUCUCUCCAACCCCAGCCAAAUUGUCUCCAGAUGAUACGCAACAUGAAGAAGAUGUUAUGGAGGAAAUUGCAACCCCAUUAGACCAAGAAUCUUCAGACUCAGUUUUGCAAGAGGGACCUCAUUCCUUGCCUGAUUCGGUUGAACAGCAGCCAGCAGGUAUCCAGAUAUGGCUGGCUGAUGAAACUGAUCGUUCAACAACUUACUCUGUAAAACCAGAUGAUAGCUCUUGCAACAUUGCUUCAGAUAAUUGUGAUGCGAAAGCUGGAAUGCAUGCGGAUCCUCUGCAGGAUGUUUCAGCACAGUACCGCGAUCCACACUAUGAGCAUAUAGAUUCUAAUGGCUUUCCGAACAUUGGUUCCCCAGUUCUGCCUUACCCAGAUUAUUUCUUCGGCAACAUGAACCAUGGGUCCGAUACGGGAUAUGUUAAUAAUGCUGAUAAAGACCCUUUAAAUGAGUUCUUGAUUGCAGUUUUAAGUAAUCAAGAUGACUAUUCUUCAGGGGCAUCUAAUGUUCAGAAAGAUUCAGUUGCUGAGACUCUGCCUAGACACAGCAUCUGGGAUUCAGCAUCAUGCAGGGAUAGCAGGACAAGCAGCGAGAUAGAUACUGAAGCAACAUUGCCUCAGGAACUUCUAGGUGUGGAAGCUUCUAAGUCGUUUGAAGGAUCAUCUUUUCUGUUAAAUGAUCCAUUACGAAUGGAUUCUUUGGACGGAUAUCCAGAAAUAGAACCCCAGUUGAGCGCUCUCUAUGAAAAUGCAUAUGUGCUCCCAUAUGAUGGCACUGGGCCAGAUGUGUGCUCGGUGGACUCUGAAUCCUUGCAAGACUUGUUUAAUAGCAUGGAAGAACCAAGUAACCUGAAGAAUGUUGCAAAUAAUGGAGAUCGUCUUGAGGGGGCUGGAAUCAGUUUCCGUGCUCGUCGGCCACAGCAUCCAUCAAAUUCAGACAACAAAUUUGCACAUCAGGGCACUGCAGCAAGAAGGAUCCGUUUACAAGGUUCGACUCCAAAAGAAUUAUUUUUCAGUGCUGAUAGUGAAUCGAGCUGUAACAAAGAUGAUCAUGAAGACAAAGAGGCAAUGAAAAAGGCUCUGCAAGAUUUAUUUGUUGGCACUGAGGAAUCAUUGACUGAGAAGAAUACGCCUAGCAAUGAAGAUGGUCUUGAGGGAACGGGAAUCGAGAUCAGGGCUCGGCAAACACAACAUCUUCCAAGAUUGAAGAAACUAUCAUCAAAGCAAGGCACAGCAGUUAGAAGGAUUCGUUUGCAAGCUCAUUUUGAAGUGGGAACAUUUUCUAGUACGGUUGGUGAAUUAAGCAGCAGUAAAGAUGACCAUGAACACAAAGAGUCAAUGACAGAGGCAGGGGAGCACGUGGAUGACAAUAUUGCUAACCUUGGGGAGAUUUCAAAGCCUGCUUUACCAGACAAGCUUGAACAGUUACCUGUUCAUGAUAAUGCACCACCAGCUUCAGAGUUGUGUCUGGAAUCUAAACCGACUUUGAGGUUGAGAACAAAACGGACUGAUGAUAAUGCAAAUACACCAGAAGACCCUCCACGCGGUCGAAUACCAAGAAGUGCUUCAGUUGUUUAUGUAAUCUGGUUGGUUCUCUCAGUAAUACUUGUGCUGAUGUGUGUUGGGAUAUGGAGGUGCAUAAGCUCUUAAUGCAUGUAGGUACAGCUAAAUGUCCCUGUAUAAUUUUGCUUUCUUAGGGUUUGUUCCUUCUUAGGCUCUUAACCAUGCACCUUCUGACAUGUAGUGGAUUUCUGAUGCGUAAAGUGGUUUGUACAUGCAAUAAAAUAUCUUGUUUGCCUGUUCA